CUUCUGAUGCGCCUUUGAUGCGGAGUAACAUGACAGCAAAUAGGACCCUGCAGCGGCGCGCUCCGGUUAACCUCACCUGUCCCCAAACGCACUUUUACUUUUCCACCUGAAGUCGCCCGCAGGACCUUGACAUCUAUUUCUCUCUUAAGAUCAUGUUUUCCGUCUUGCUCCUCGGUUUGUUUCUCCUGCACGGUUCUCUCGGGGAGAUCGUUUUCCGCUGCCCGAGCUGCACCGCGGAGCGCCAGGCGGCGUGCCCGAAGCUCACCACCUCAUGCGCGGAGAUCGUACGGGAACCGGGUUGCGGUUGCUGUCCCGUUUGCGCCCGGCAGAAGGGCGAGCUGUGCGGCGUCUACACCCCGAGAUGCGCGACCGGUUUAAGGUGUUACCCGGGUGCGCAUUCAGAUUUACCGCUAGAACAGCUGAUUCAGGGGCUCGGGCGAUGCGAGAUUAAAGUGGAUUUGGAGACCACCAUGAGCACCCCGGAGCUGGGACACAGUGGAGAGUUAAAUGGCACACGACCCCCUCCUCAGAAGAAACCUACCAAGGACAACAACUACCAGCACAUCAAGGAGAUAGCUGUGAAGAAUCAUUUAAACAAGCAGAGGGGCAGGAUGUUAAAUCAACAGGAUGAUCUUAAAGUGCCUUACCCCAGACAGAGUCAGUGUCAGCAGGAACUAGAUCGAGUGCUGGAGGAGAUCUCCAGGAUGACUUUCCAUGACAAUAAAGGGCCGCUGGAGAAUCUGUAUGACCUGAAUUUUCCAAACUGUGACAAGACAGGACAGUACAACCUUAAACAGUGUCACAUGUCCACCCAUGGACAGAGGGGCGAGUGUUGGUGUGUUAACCCUCACACUGGUAUCCAGAUCCCCUCUUCCCUGAAAGUAAGGGGAGACCCCAACUGCAGUCAGUACUACGGCGGUCCGGAGCUGGAGCCACCAACCAUCCUGCAGUAAAAGACGCCAUCUCUCCAAUGCGGAGACGCCUGGGUCGCAACCAAGUGCGAGAGGGAUGUGCAUGUGUGUAAUUCUGUAUAUGUGUGUGUGUGUGUGUGUAUUUUCUAAAUAAGUACGAUCUGUAUUGUCAAUAGGAGGCUGGAAUGAGACACAUGCCGGCAAAGACAAAUCAAGGGCACCCUUCCUAUCUCUCAAAUCAAGAUAACUGUACACUAAAUUUACCUUUGAAUGAUUGUUUCUUCUGCCUAUUUAUAGGCUUGUUCUGUGCCUUUAAUCCUGUGACCGAAUUUACUUCUAGAGAUAUUUCAGGGAGCCUUAUAUACAGCAUGUGCAGCUGUCCCAUGCAAACACAUGCCCUUUGUUGGGUUAUUCUGUCUUUUGUUUUUGGAGUCCCUAUAAAAAUGGUGCGAUAUUCAUGUGCACCGUUGCUUGACUCCAGAGACAAAACAUUGCAAACACAAUAGCAAUCUAAAAAAAGUGGAAUGAUUUUCUAUAAACACAUGACAUCCUUAAGGAUUAGUUUACCCCAAAAUUUGUAUGGCUCUUUUCAAACUGAACAAGUAAGAUUUUUGGGAAUAUCAGAUUAAAUUUGAACGUGAGUGGCAAGGAAUUUUAUACGGUGCGCUUUUUUUCCUUUUUGUGGAGUUUGUUAGCCCUUUGGCAGUACUUUUCGUUUUCCACAGAAGAAGGAAAGUUUAAAAUGACACGAAGAUAAAUAAAUGAUGACAGAAAUGACGGUUAUUCCUUAAACAGAGAUAGCGAAGAGUUUUCUCAGUGGCAAGGGCGCCUGAUUGGCUGAUUAUAUAGUUAUAGAGCCGUUACACGACUAUUUCAUGCAUUUAGUUUUUUUUACUUGGCAGACAAAUUCAUUCGAUGGUUAAUUCAGGAAUGAUUGGUUUGUGCUUAUUUGUUGGUCUUCGUACAUGCAUCAGAAGUCGUCUUCGCAUGACUUAUCCGGUCUUUUUUUUGCUUCCGUUAGGCGUACUGUACAUGUUUAUUUUAACCCUUUACAAAGUUAAAAAUCAGAUUCUAUCUUAUCGUUUAGUUUUCGGACUUAAGUCAGCGGAAAAUCUUUUGAAAAAAAUCUCCAUCGGCUGAUUUUAUGAUUGAUUACUGUUGUUGCUCGUGUCCGUCCCAGCUACUGGCAGUUGAUGGAGCUCGGUUCUCACUUUGCCUCUCAACCAUGUGCUAGAAUGCAGGUGGUGUAUGUGUGCUUGCGGUAGGGAUCAGCAUUUACUAAUGAUGUGCUGACAGAGAGCUAGAUUAGGACACAGGCCUGACAUUGACAAAUGUGGUAUAAAGUGGGUUAAGUGCAUAUAAAUAAACACAAGUUUGCCUGCUGUGCCAGUGAGUUAUGCUCACCUUACUCCUCAGAACUUACGGGCUGGGUUAGCGAGAGCAGUUUUAACCCAGUUUGACCCAACUUUUUUUAGUAAAUGCGGUAGUAUGACAAGUAUUAAUUACUUUUCUUAAUGGAGCUUUGACAUAAACAUUGGGUCUGAUUCACUAACCGUGCUGACACACAUACUGUAUACUAGUAUACUAUAUGUAAAAAUGACAUUUACACCACAGUUUACAUAAAAAAUAAGGCAAAUAUCUCAAAGAAUACAUUUGUAUUGUUAUUAAAAAUGAAAUAAAUAAGAUCCUAAAAUAAUAAGUUUAAUAUCUAAUUUACAGUAACAAAAGAAAUCUGGAUAAAAGUGCAUCAAAAUUUUAUUGGCGCAGUUUCCAAGACCGGGUUUUGUUUAGGACAUUUAAAGGAACACGCCAACUUUAGCUUAUUCACCAUAUCCCUCAGAGUUAGAUAAGUCCAUACAUAACUUUUUUCAUCUUCGUGCAUGCCGUGACUUUUUCUGACGCCCCCGUCGCUAGCCUAGCUUAGCACAAAGACUGGAAGUAAAUGGCUCCAGCUUGCAUUCUGCUCCCAAUAAGUGACAAAAUAACCCCAAAAUAAGGUCAUAUGAGAGACAGCCAUCUUUUAACAAUAUACAUACUGGGAUCUAUAUUCUCAUUUCUAAGUGUUUAUCUUGAGACAAAACAAUGGCACAGAUAUAUUUUAUUUUAUGAUAUGCCAGUGCAAGCUCAAAGAUGCAUUUUAGUCUUGGACUACACUUAAAGCUGAAGUGUGGUCCAUUUUUAUACCUACACGAGGGUCCUCGCACAGACACACAUCGCCGGAUUUUUGAAACCUUGCGUAUAUUGUACGUGUAGGUUGCGCAUGCAUCUACAGUACAAUGUAGUAUGUAGCCUAAGAGAUGCAUUGCAUUUUGUAGCAAUGUGCAUGUGUCGAACGCCUGUGUACAAAUACGAGUCAAAUAAACGAUACUUUGCAAGGCCGUGCAUUCGACCAUGCGCAUAAUAUUAUGUUCACGUACACGUAAAAUAACAGACUAUACGCUUGGUCUGAAAAGCCAACGUUUUUAAAAUGGAUUUUGGCUAUUCACAGAUCUUGUGCAUGCAUGUCAGCCGCAUAUGCACUUCUUUUUGAGAAAGUGAUGAGAUGAUUGCAUAACCCAGAUGCAUCCAUAUUAGAAUAAAUAUGUGCCUACACACCUGAUGUGCAAAUAUUUGGAUUAAGACAUAUUUUCUGCCAUUUUUAAAUGAUGCAUUUGGCAGAUGCUUGUAUCCUGUGCAACUUCCAGUACCUUCACGGGAAUCGAACGCAUUGGAUUGAAUGCUUCAUACAGCUUCAGGAGCACUGUAUUAGUGAAUGAGACCCAUCUUUCUAGUCAUAUCAUAGACCCUUAAACCUGAAACGAAAUUUUUAUUUACAGCGGUUUAAUCUGGAUGGGUUGGUCGGCAGGCAACAUUCAUCGAUGAUAGGUUUUAUGUUAAUUUGUGCGCAUUAAAGGGAACAUAUCAUGAAAAUCUGACUUUUUUCAUGUUUAAGUGCUAUAAUUGUGUCCUCAGCGCUUCUAUCAACGUAGAAAAUGUUAAAAAGAUCAACCCUGUAACUUAGUUUUGGAAAACCAUUCUUUGCAAGCAUGUGAAAAAAUAGGUAAUUGAAAUUUGGCUCCCCUUGUGAUGUGAGAAAGGGAUAAUACCGCCCCUUAAUCUGCACUAUCCAACCACGGCACUGCCAUUUGGUGCAGAGAUCAGCUCAUUUGCAUUUAAAGGACACACCCACAAAUGGCACAUUUUCGCUCACACCUACAAAGUGGCAAUUUUAACAUGUUAUAAUAAAUUAUCUGUGGGGUAUUUUGAGCUAAACUUCACAUAUGUACUCUGGGGACACCAAAGAUUUAUUUUACAUUUUUAAAAUUGAACAGGUCAGAUGUUGGUUAAGAUUUAGCAUUAAUCCUCAUCUAUAUGAUUUAAUCUAAGUAUUUGCAGUUGUGGGUUAGCCUUUUGAUAUAUUAAAAAAAUUAACCUUCAGUAACUCUCACAGUAUUACCUUAGCUUUCAUGUAUUUGCUUAGCAUCGUGCUAACUCCAGCUACAAUACUGGCUCUCCAAAAUCCUCUUGUGUAAUUUUUGGUGGCACACAGCUGAGACAUGGGUUACAGGUUUUUUCAGUUUGUUUCCAAAAUAGAUCGCCGCCUGCCCUCUAGCAGUACAUUAAAUUUUACGGUAGCUCGAGUUUGGCCUAGUUUGAAAACAAUGAGAAACCAAUCCCUGUGGUUUUCGGGCAUAUUGAUUUGCCUGAGAGGUUCCAGUGGGAUGGAAGUGUUCACCUACGUGUGUUUGUGUGUGUGUGUGUGUGUAUGUGUGAAUGUUUCGAUGCUGUGCCAUGCCUGGAGCCAGAGGGACGGUGGGAAGGAUUUCAUACCAUCUGGUGCAGUGUUAAACUGUCAGAGCCGGUCUCUGCAUUUGGAGACUCUUAUGACUUGACAAGGGGAGUUUCUUGAGCAAAUCCAAACGUUGUGUGCCAUGCCAGCAUCUCGCAUGCGUUUUCCCCCUGUUUUUCAUUGCGUAUUCUGUGUGUCAGGAGGUAUUAAAUAACGUACAUUACUCAAACAUUCUGGACACAGCAUGCUCCAUAUGUCCUGUGUCAUGCGAACGGUGCACGGACUCAAUUUUUCUGUACAACUGCAAUGGAAAAAGCCAUAAAUGCAUGCAAAAAUAGACAUUGGUUUUAAAUUCUUGUAACAAAAUCUAGCAUGAUUAAACGUAUUACCUUUCAGACCUAUGA